AUGGAGGAAAAGAGUGUGAUUAAGUUCAGCCACUGUCAGAAGGACAUCUUCUGUUUCUUCAUUCCAGAGAAAUGUCCAGAGUGUGGAGUGAGCUUCAGCAGUGGCAGGCUGGAGGAGGCUCCUAUCCGUAUCCCCAACCCUUUUUCUAACGGACACAAGACCCCAUGCUGCUUCCUGGUCGCACCUGCUGAGGAAAACAACCUCAGGGAGUUUGAUGGCGGCUCAGACCUACACACUGGGAUCACAGACACUAAUGGAGUGGUGUUCAACUACACUAAGCCAGGGGUCCGGCAGGACCAGCGAGGCUGGGAGAUGUGUAUCAGUAUUCCCCUGAUCCAACCAGACAUGUUUAACCUUCUCAACCAGUGGGACCAAUACCUCAACAAGUUCUCAGAUGCCGAGAUGUGGGACCCAGCAUACAAAAGGUUUAAUAAGGAGACGCACAACUGCUACAACUACACUCUGAUGUUUCUAAACCGUGUGCUAGCAACACAGGGGAAAGGCUCUCUGACCAAAGACCAGUUCACUCAGAGCUUUGUCCUGCCCAAGAUCAAGAGAGCCUGUAAAUACACCACAAUGUGCAGGGAGAUAUCACAGAACUACUUCUAUAUAGCGGACAGUCCUGUUAGAGUGAUGGAGGAAGAAAGAGGAGGAGAGAAGGCUUGACUGGUUAAUACAAGAGGACAGAGACUGAGGCAGCCACAGUGCUACACAGAACAUGAGUUAAAAUGACCAUCAUCCCAGAAACCCUGGAUCCAUAGAUGAUGCAAUCUCUAUUGCACUCCACACUGCCCUUUCCCACAUGGUUAUCACAACUGGUUAUCACAACAUAUCUGUGCAUACAGAUAUGUACAGUAGGUUUACAUUACAUUCACUUAGGUUGGAGUGAUCAAAACUUGUUUGUUUUUCAACCACUC